AUGGCAUCCAUUGUCCUCAGGAGACGCCGAAAGCCGACGGAUAAUGGUUUGGACGCAAGCUGUACGACAUCUCGCACUUUGUAUAUUCCCACUGGGCAAAAGAAGAUAAGAGGUCUUGUUACACCCACGCUCGCCACGCUACCAUUUGCCAGGGUAUGCAUCACUGACGCCGUUAUGUGGGGCCCAAUGUUACACCUGCUGCCUUUGAACAAGGGAGUAUCCACCAAAUCAAUACACUUCCCGCAUCACGAAUUUCGCAGUUCUUUUGCUCUCUCCUUCACUCAGCAAUCUCUGUUCGGCAGCAUGGAUCCAACAUUCCGCCAAGUGUGCGAAUACUACAACCAUGAUUUCUACCCCACGUUCUACGACACCGCAGCCGUGCUCGGAGGGUUGCAACAUAUUGCACGAAUCAAGUCACCCCUUGGCCAGAGAAUCCCUAUCUCAGCGCCAUGUGUGCUGACAACUGCUGGAAGAUGGUCGGUCGCCUUAAUGGCCGCCACAACGAUGUACGUGGGUGUGGCGGGAGCGACGAACAUGAUGGAGAUGCCACACAAGCGGCGUGACUCUGAGAGCGGCAGAUCUGCUCUUGAGAUCGCUAGAGAGAGACGAAAAAUGUCAAAUGUUUUUGAUGCUGCGGGCAUGACGGCGACCUUGAUCUGGUCCUUUAAAAGGGUAAUGGCUGGCAAUGUGGGAGUGGGAGUGCGGAUGUUUAGGGUCAUUGGUGCGUAUAGCAUUGGUGGUGCUGUUGGAACUGGAGCCUAUAUGGCUUGGACUGGAUUAUUCGGGAAAGGACCCGGUCUGCAAGGACUCUGA